AUGCGUCGGGGUCUUCAGGCUCUUAGUGGUAGAAAGGGGGGACCGGACUUGCCUUGGAGUUUUCCACAGUCAGCACGAGGGAUAUCUCAUAUUUAUUCCCAGAGGACAUUCGCGUUGCCUGAUCCCAUACCGGAGUUUGCUCAUAUACCCCCAAUAUCCCCUACAUCUGCCUUAACCCCCGCACCUUGUGUACCUACCUUUAUACAGCCAGAACCUUCCUCGAGUUCUGAUGAUGAAUUCUGGCGCCGAAUCCCAUCAUGGAGAGAUGUUUCCUUUGAUGAGUUCGGGUCUUGGGGAUGGAAUGUUAAGCACGUUGUCGAGGCGAACUUAAAAAAACCGAGCCAUGGAUUAAUCGACUUUUUCAAUGUUGCUCUCCCAAAUGAGGUCCCUCGGAGGCAGGAAGUUGGGGGCUUGCAAAGCCGUGAUGAGUUUAUUGGCGAUGUAUUGAGUGGUAUCAAAAAAUCUGCAAUGGCCCUUCGUGUCAUGCCGUACGUGUUGGCCAGAAUUAAUUGGAAAGAUCCGGCGAAUGAUCCGAUUUUUAAACAGUUUAUACCACUGGGCUCUAUGAUAAUAGCAGACCACCCCAUACUCAAGCUCGAUUCGUUAGGUGAACGGGAAGAUUCGCCGGUUCCAGGGCUUGUACAUCGUUAUCCCGAUAAAGCGCUUCUCCUUCCAAUUUCGGUCUGCCCAACAUAUUGCUCGUAUUGCACAAGGUCAUAUGCAGUUGGGCCUGCUACUGGUGAAGUAGAGAAAGACUCCGUACGCGCUAAACUUCAGCAGGCUUUCGAUUACAUAGAGAGUCGCGAGGAGCUCCGUGAUAUUGUCGUCUCUGGAGGGGAUGCUUUCUACUUACAUCCCGAACUUUUGGAGGAUAUUGGUGAUCGACUUAUUGGUAUGAAGAACAUUGAGAGGUUCCGCUUUGCAUCGAAAGGUUUGGCGGUGUCGCCGCAGAGGUUUCUAGAUCAUAAAGAUCCAUGGGUAGAUUCCUUGAUUCGCGUGUCAGAUAAGGCUAGGAAGGCAGGCAAGCACAUGGCCUUUCAUACACACUUCAAUCAUCCGAAUGAGAUAUCCUGGAUCACGGAACAGGCUAGCCUAAAGUUGCUUCAGUCGGGCGUUACUGUUCGUAACCAGACAGUAUUGCUUCGGGGGAUCAAUGACAACAUCGAUACCAUGAUUACUCUUAUAAAGAAGUUGGCCAAAAUGGCGAUUCAGCCAUAUUACGUUUACCAAUGCGAUAUGGUACCAAAAAUUGAGCACCUGCGCACGCCCCUGUCGACCAUUCUGGACAUUGAAGCACAAGUCCAGGGAGCCGUCGCGGGAUUCUUCAUCCCGAAAUUCGUAGUUGAUCUCCCCGGUGGUGGUGGCAAGCGGCCGGCAUCCCUCUAUGAGUCCUACGAUAGGAAGACGGGCAUUUCCACAUUCACACAGCCAUCGCUUAAAGGCAAGGAUAGGGAUCAUAAGGUAUACGAGUAUCAUGAUCCAGUGAAUGCUCAGUCCUCUUCGUAAUGCGGAGGUCUCCCCUUUUGGGUUCAUUGUCCAGGACAAAGCGGAGCAAUAAACUAGGGUGUCGAUGGCGACGAUGGGUGGCGAUGAUAUGCAUAGGGACAUGUGACAUAUUGGAAUAGCCAAGAUGCUAUGAUCUUCUCUUUCAGCUAGAUCAUCUAAUCGGGGGCCGCGUAUUAUCUUGGAUACUGGAGGGAUAUGUAUGCGUCCUUGUAUGAUACCGGUAGAAUUCAACAUCUGAACUUGUUGAAGUUGAUUUCCGAUGUCACAUCCUGAUUGAAUAUCCACGUGCAUAGGUGAUAUAUGACCGAUAAGGUCUAAUGAAUGGGUGCUGCACGAGCCCGCUUAAGCAAGAAAUGUGCGUUUCAGACACGAGCAGUAGUGUUGUGAUGGCGGUUGGUGGUGUCUAAUGCGGCUUGGGCUCGUAUCUGUUUCAAGAGCAGAUCGUGUCCAAGCUCGUCGGCAUCCGUGGUUGUUCCCCUCAUGAACAUGCCAGUCAUGUGGUUUCUUGGUGUGUAUACCCUUGCAACCCGACCUGUGUACCGCUAGCACCGUAGAUUACCUAGGUAGG